UCGCGCUCCGAGAGAAAGAGCGUCCAACCGCGCUCGUUUCAUGCUUCACGUUCCGGAGCUUCCGGGGCAGAGAAUUAAUUCGUUGCAUUGUGCAACCAACGGUAUUGCAUUUGCAUGGUUAGAUCGUGAAGAUUGCUGCUCGCAAACGAUUAUCGAGGUACUCCCCGAGUGGUGACAGCCGCGAGCACGAAUCGGUCACGAGGAGGAGAGUCGGAGUCGGCCGUGCAGAGUCGUGACGGAGGUGGUUCGGGAUCGGUGACGACAGCGGGGACACACAGUGGUUCGCGCGGCCGCGGUGCGGCGCGGCGGAAGAGAAUUGGGAGAACCGAUUUACGCGUACGUGCGAUGUUAGUCGUUCGGCGGCCCAGCGAGCUCGCGCGACGUGUUGUAUCCCGUUUUCCCCGUGCGUGCGUCCCCGCGCCACGCCAAUGUGAGUCGUGCGACCGUUCAGAGCACUGAUAAACCGCGACGAGCGAUAUUUGAGCAUCAAGUCGCAGCAGCAGCAGCUAGACGCUGCAAAGCAGCAUCAUGUUCUGGAUGAAUAAUUACGUAUCGUCACCGCAUAUCGAGGCACUGCUCAACAAAGAGGAUGUCACUCUGCACGAGUUGAUGGACGAGGAAGAUAUCUUGCAAGAAUGCAAAAGCCAGAACAAAAAGCUGGUCGAGUAUCUCACGAGACCCGCCGUGAUGGAAGAGUUAGUGACGUUAACCACUAAGGAACCAUCCACAGACAUCGAAGAACGUUGGCGUUACAAGUAUCCCAAUGUCGCCUGCGAGUUGCUCACAUGCGACGUGCCUACACUGAAUGAGAAACUGGCAGGUGAUGAAGCACUUUUGGCCAAAUUAUAUUCUUUCAUUGAUACAGAUCAGCCAUUAAACCCACUGCUUGCAUCAUUUUUCAGUAAAACUAUCGGAGUGCUUGUCGCUCGUAGGAUAGACCAGAAUUGGUAUUCCUAUCAGUUCACAUGCUUACAGGUUUUAGAAUUUCUUAAAAGUCGUCAGAGAUGUGUGGAUCUGUUGCUGCAGCAUUUAGAGACUUCUGCCAUCAUGGACUUGAUACUGAAACUUGUUACUCAGGUCGAGGGCAGUGAUAUGCGUCAAAACAUAUUGAAUUGGUUAGAUAGUCAACAUUUAGUGCAGAGACUGGUAAAGUUGUUAGCACCCACUUCAGAUCCAGCCAAACAUGCUAACGCGGCGCUAUUACUUCGCGAUAUGGUGAUAGUAGCCAGAGAAAAUCAACGCACAUCCACGGAACGCGCUGAUCCAGAUCCUAUUUUAAAUACUCUAGAAUCGGAAGAAACUGUGAGUUUGUUACUAGAAACUAUCUUAACGGGUGAAAAGGUAGAAAGUAGUAUUGUCGGUGGAAUACAAGUGCUCUUGGUACUUCUAGGUGAAAAAGCCAACAAUCCGUCAAACGAGGGAGAUGUACACGGUAAUGGCGAGGAGGUCGCGGAUAAUGAGCAACGUAUUAAGAUAUCGAACGCUGCUCUGCCAUAUUUGGAACAUCUUCAUAAACUUCUUCUAGACCCACCAUAUAAACCUGCCGUAAAAACGACCGUUGGACUUUUAGAAUGUCCAUUAGGUAAUACUCGUUUGCACGUAGCCAAGUUGAUAAACGGCUUAUUGUGGACGGAGAAUAUGAAGAUCCACGAAAGUUUAGCGAACUUGGGAACAUUCCAGAUAUUGUUGGAUUUGUUUUUCAAAUAUACAUGGAAUAAUUUCUUACACACACAAGUACAACAGUGCCUGGCCUUAGCUAUUAAUUCUGGACAUCGGGAUAACGAUAUUAUUUAUAAUAAUAUAUUUAUCAAAUGCAAAUUGAUAGAAAGGAUCGUAGAAGCGUGGGACAAGAACGAUAGCAAACAAAAUAAGGAAAACGGCGUUCGACAGGGUUACAUGGGACAUUUGAUAAAUAUCGCGAAUAAUAUCGUAACUCAGUGCGAGAAGAGUAAUAUACUGACUAGCUUUUUGAAGAACAAUUUGUCACCCGAGUGUCUUGAUAAAUGGGAAAGCCUUGUGAACACGCAGUUGGUUGAGAUCAAUAAAAUUCACGAGACUUUGAUGAUGGGUGAUCAGACUCAAGUGUACCUGAGCUCCGAAGAAAAUCCUGACGAAUACAAUUCCUAUUCGCAAGAGGCUUAUAUCCAACAGAUGUACUCCAAUUAUCAGGUUCAACAAAUAACACCUCCUUUCAUCGAGAACUUUGGAUUCCCCGACGACGAGUUCAACGAUGGCGAUGACGCGCUUCAUAAUCCAGUUGACCAAUUAACAACGUUGGCCUUUACUAUCAGUGAAGAAGAUCUCGACAAACGGGAAGAAAUGUUUAAUAAGCUGUGCCAACAAAAACAAAAAGCUGGACUCGAGGACUGCGGCAGCGGCCUCGAAUGGGGCGACGAGGGCGAGCUCACGUUCCAAACUGUGGUGGACAAGCGUGAUUGGCACUCGAAGCAGCAGCAUCAGGAUUCCAGUUCAUCCGACGAGGACGAUGAGGACACGCGUGAUAUACACAUGGAAGUUGACGCGACCGAUCCUUGGGACACUACUGAGCCACUGAGCACUAGUGGAGGCGGCCCGCUCCCACCAGUCAAUCCGUGGGACGUAGUGGCAUCGGAAUCGGUCGAAUCCACUGGCUGGGCUAACUUCGACAAUUUUGAGAACACCUUGAGUAUAGAAAAUAAGGAGAGCGAGGAGAAAAAACCGUCGAGCGACGAGCGCAAGGAGAAGAUGUCGGAAACAACGGCCGCAAACUUAACGGAAAGAGUUUCCGGCUUAACAGAAACGGCUUCCAACGAAAGCGGUGGAAAGAGUGCGGAUUCCGUAGGUAACCAGGCACCCGGAGCGGAUUUAUCAGCUGUAGAAAGCAACAAGAGCGAAGAGGACAAAACAACUUCUACGAACGAGAACGUCAAAUCUAGCGAAUCAUCGACUAGCAGCGAAUCCAAGACCGCGGAGGAGAACAAGCCUGUAACAAGCAUGGAAUGGACGUGCGCGAAUAGCGUUCCUUCCGCGUCUGAUACGACAGAAAUUUCAGCUGUCGUUCCUUCGAGAAGCACGUCCGCCGGCGCUGAUAAUUCCGCGCCGGUGUCUCAAAACGCCAAAUGAAACGUGUUAUCCCUUCUGUACGUUAGACCAUCUGUGGCAAUUGGAAGAGAAAAUCAUAUCAGUAUCGAGUCGUACGCGAACGAUCGAGAGCAUACUAAAAACCCUCCUCUAUUUUUCAUUAGACAUCACGUUAAUUAUAAUUUUAAAAGGCGUUGGCGCUGGAUACAUUACAGCCUCGAUGCAGGCUAUCUUUUUGAAUAAAUCCGGAAUACCGAAAACGAUCGACGCUCAAGUACAUUUAGCCAAUAAUUUCAUGUUUAUUAUACAUACAUAGGUAAAAUCCUUUCCCCUCCCUAUUAUCACGUCCCUCGCCGAACGGCUGGCGUCUACGAGUAUUCCUGCGAGUAAAAAUUCUCCCCCGUAAAAGUUCUUACUCCGUAUAUUUUACGAUUAUCGUUCAGAGUUUUCGUAAAUUGUUAUUUAUACGUAACUAGUAACCGGUUUUUAUCAAAAUAUAAAAAAAAAAGAAGAAGCGAAGGAUAGAAAUGACGAAAUGUGAUGUCGCGAUUUUCAUGCUACACGAUUUAUAUAGAUUUAUUGAAUACAAAAAGUAGAGAGAGAGCGUUGAAGAAAGGAGGCGUCGAACAAAUUUCGCCUCCGCUCUAUUCGCUCACGGCGUUUGAUUAAGUUUUCAUGAACAUGUACUGUACGUUUGCGUGUUAUGACGUUGCAAACGAAAGUGCGGAGGAGAGAUGUAAGGGAAGAACUACUGUAAUGCCGUUUAUAUACUGUGCAAGACCGAUAUUUCACGAACUAGUGCUUUUGCUUAUUCCUUCGAUAAGGCAAAGGUACUUAGGUGCAGUGCCUACUGUCUGAGUGUACGUUAGUACAACGAUACGAUACGAGCAGAAAAAGAGAAGAGAAAAAAAAUCGAGAGUAUUUUUAUUACCUUUUGUCGUAAUGUUUCGUCAAAAUUUAUACACGACAUUAACCGAUCGCUCUUGAACACGCGCGUUUUACUUGCAUUCCAAUAAAAAAAAAAAGAAGAAAGAAAAGAUUUGUAUAAAUACGUACGUUUAAGCGACUGUUAAAGUCUUUCACGAAGAUCUUCCACAAGUAAAUAGCGUUAAAUUGCAGGAACUAAUAUCAACGUGUUGCGCACGCUUCGACCUUACAUGUAUCUAUCAUUCUCCAAGUGAUCAUUCUGCGAUCAUUAUGUUACCUGAUUGUUCCGCGACUUUCUUCUGCCUCGCAGGUUUGACAGCAGCAAUGUGUUUAUAGCGUUGUACACGAGAUAUUGUUCAUAAUUAAAUGAAGAAAUAAUAAAACAUUGUUUUAAAUC